UCACCGGAAGUGAUUAACGCAUCGGAAGUGCAAGAUGAGAAUUACGCUCGCCUUAGUAGUAGUUAUCACUGCCUGUAUCAGCGUUCAAUGCGUCGAGAGCAGAGUAAAGAAAACAACACAACUGUCUUUGCAAAGCAAAGAGACAAAUGUAGUAAACUUUAUGAGAUUACUCAUGCUGAGACUCGUGUUUGGAGUUGCAUCGGCAAUGGGUCUUGGUGAAAACCUCUCCGGCGUUCUUGGAGGGAUUUUCGUACCACCUGGAGCAGACGAUUAUAGUGAUUAUGGCGAUGACGAUAUUAUACCGGAUUUAUUUUAA